UGAAGUAAACAGUUUCUGGAGGCAUUCGAACAGAAGUGGGACAGAAGUGCUGAUCAGUCAGGAAGCUCAGAGCACUUGGAGGACUGCGGGCAGGUUGGGCGGAUGACGUCAUUGAGCAGGAGUUCAGUUCCGCGUUGCCUCCGUGCUGCAGGAGCGGAAUGAAGUUGACAGGCAGCCAGUGUUAUGUCUUUUAAGCCUUCGCGGCGGGGUUAAACAGCGGCUCUGAUUUACGUUCCGUUCGCUGUAUCACGUCUGCCAUCAUGCUAACACGGAUGAGAUCCGCCGUUUCCAGCCUGAUGGGCGGCAUCAUGGCUCCUGCUGCUGCUGCUGCUGCGAACGUGGAGAACGAGGACAGCGGCGGGGCGAACCUAGCGCCGAGGUUCCCGUACUGCCGAGCCGAAUUCCUCGAGCUGAGUGCGGAUGAGCUGGAGUGUGGGGCCGAUCACAUCAACAGACCCGUGCUGACCGUGAAGGAGAGCGGCCGCCUGCCCUGGUCCACGGGCUACGCAGAGGUGAUUAAUGCUGGUAAGAGUGCUCUGAACGAAGACCAGGCCUGCUGUGAGGUGGUGGAGCUGAGGAAAAGGCCGGCUGAUCCUGCCAGUCCAAGCUACACUCCCACCACCAGGAGGCGUGCUUCCCUACCGACCAGAGAAUCCCUGGAGUCUAGUGAGGACUGUCUUAUUCAGGAUCUCUCACAAGAAGAGGAAGAUCUGUAUUUUCACUACUGGGGACUCUUUGAUGGCCAUGCUGGUUCAGGCGCUGCUGUCUUUGCGUCCAAACUUCUGCACCUGCACAUUGAGGAGCAGCUGCAGAGUGUGCUGGAAAUCCUGCAGAAGCCUUCAAUGCAGCCCCCCACAUGUCUCGGUGAGGAGACCAGCUUGCAUGUUCGGCCGAGUGGCUCAUCACAGAGAGCACUGUCAAGAGCCGCAUCGCUGAGGGGUGCUGCAGGAGCACCAGGAUCGCCCAACACGCCAACUCCACGCUUCUUCAUGGAGAAGAAAGUGAAGCAGGAGAGCUUGGUGGUCGGUGCAAUUGAAAAUGCUUUCAAAGAGGUGGACAAGCAUAUUGGACGAGAGAGGGGUGUGUACGAUAUUUCUGGAGGAUGUACAGCUUUAGUGGCCAUGCACUUGUUGGGGAAGCUUUAUGUGGCCAAUGCAGGAGACAGCAGGGCCAUAAUUCUGCGUACUGGUGAAAUCUUACCAAUGUCAAGUGCCUUCACUCCAGAGACAGAGAGACAGAGACUUCAGUGUUUGGCUUAUAUGCAGCCUCACUUGUUGGGUAAUGAGUUCACACACUUAGAGUUCCCACGAACAGUUUGCAAGAAGGAGGUGGGAAAAAGAAUGCUGUACAGAGACUAUACCAUGAAAGGCUGGGCAUAUAAAACGGUGCAGGAGGAUGACCUAAAGUUUCCAUUGGUUUUUGGAGAGGGGAAGAAGGCCCGGUUGAUGGCCACUAUUGGUGUUACCAGAGGAUUUGGUGAUCAUGAUCUAAAGGUUCAUGGCACAGACAUCUCCAUUAAACCUUUCCUGCUCUGCAAUCCAGAGGUGAGAGUGUACAACUUGGAGCAGUUUGAGCAUGGGCCUGAUGAUGUGAUGGUUUUGGCUACAGAUGGCUUAUGGGAUGUUCUGUCCAACAAGGAAGUGGCUGAGGCAGUUACUAGUUUCCUUGGAAACAGUGACCCUGACAACCAUCAUAGGUAUACAAUGGCAGCCCAGGAGCUGGUGACGACAGCUAAAGGGAUCCGUACUGAACAAGGCUGGCGGACAACGAAUGGCAGACUGGGUUCUGUCGAUGAUAUAUCAGUUUACAUCAUUCCUCUAAUGUUCGGAAACACACAGCCACAAUCAAGGUAACCCACAGAGAGAGGCAGAUCAAGGAACAUCGAAUGAGGAGAUUUAAACCACUUAGAGGCUUUCACUGGCUAAAUUUUGACUUAUGACUGAAAGACUGGGGUAUACAUUUGAUUAAACAUAAUUUUGAAACAAAGCAGACAUCAAUUGUUCACGUUCUACAGAAUCUACUGGUACCUUGAAGGUUUUUGAUAUUGUUUAAGUCUUCCUCUUGCCUUAUGUUUAUGUAUUACCACCAGUAUUUUUUUUUCCCCUCUUGUCCAUUCUGUGAAUGGAAAUGAAAGUGAAUCCUUGGAAUGGAUAAUUUGGUUUUAUUGUGUAUAUGUCAACCUACAUAUUUAGAAUUGUUAACUGCCUUUUUAUGGUGCUCUUUCACAAACAGUCUGAGGGUCGAUUUCUCAGUAUAUUUAACAGUAGCACAAAGCUGAAUACAACUUUUGUAUUACAAUAUGGGGAGCAUGAAUGACCCCUACAGCUAAAACUAAGCAUAAUUUUGUAAAUGGUAUAAGACAACAAUAUGUUAAGGGACUGAAUUUUUAGUCUUUCGCAUACUUUCUAAAAAAAAAAAAAAAAAAGCUAAACUAAAAAAAAAAAAAAAAAAAUUGAAGCCACUAAACAAGUCUUCAAUAAAAUAUUUAUUUCCAUCAUAUAUAACUUUAAACUGGUACUCGACACUGGCAUGUUAAAAAGUAUGAUUAGGUCUCUGGACUGUUUGCUAAAAUGUAUAUCAAUGAUUUUUUGUUUGUUUUUACUUUAGAGCCCCAAAGGAAAUAUUAACCCUUGAAGGGGAUUCUUAAAUAACGCAUCUAACAGAAACACUAAACACCAAGUAAAAACCACUGCAAUAACACUAUGCACUAUUUAGAGUACAUUGCGAAGUCUACCUUUAAGUUUGUACUUUAUAGUGUUGGGGGGAAGGAAAAAAAAGCUUCUUGUAUGACUUAUUGUAUGAUGCCCUGAACAAACCAUGGUAUUAUUGGCCUUUGAUUUUUUUUUAUUUAACAAUAAAAUACAUUUAAAAUCUGCAAUACACUGCUACAAUUACUGUUUUCAUCCCUUCCCCAGUACUUAGUAGCGCACAAGAGAGAUUGCAUUGCUGUUUUAGUGUUGUGCUAUGUGAUUUGCUAGGCACCACCAGCACCCUCCCAAAGGAGACAGGCCAUCUGGCCAGCCUAACCCUGGUGCAGUUGGAACAAGGCUGGGAA